AUGCCACGUAAGCUACGUAAGAAUAUACGUAAGAGGAAGAGAGCAUUGAAACAUCCAAUAGUAAAACUAACACCACAACAACAGUUGCAACAACAAAUUAUGAAUGACCCCACUAUGUUGCAACAAAUGUCAAGCAACCCUAUGCUUUUAAACCGAGUUAUUGGUGCACAGAGUGGAGGUUUAAGAGCGGCACUUUUAGCGAAAAUGGCAGGCUAUGGUGGAGCUGCAGACGGAACAGCCUAUAACCCUCAAAGUCAAAUGAAUUUGAGUUCACUCAAAAAUCAAAUAGCAGAUGUCAAAAAGUCAAACAUAGACAUACAGAGACAAAUAGGUGAAAACGAAAAGAAACUAGAAUAUGACAGACACACAAAGAAACUCAAUGAGUUAAACGUAGAGAAAAAGAAGAAAGAAGAACAACUGAAAGAACUAAGUACAGAGGAAUAUGCGAAAAAAGUGUCAGAAAAAGCAGCAGAAGUAGCAAAAAUGGAACAAGAUGUUAUAAAUUUGAAAAACCAUACUACUCAAUAUAAAGUACUGAAAGAUGAAGAGAUAAAACAAAAAGCCCUGAAGACAUAUAUGGAUAGCGAUGAGUAUAAAAAAGAAGUUGAAGCAAAUGUAAAGGCAGAAAAACUUUUACAGUUGCAAAACCAAACCGUACAGUAUGAAAACUUAGCACAAGAAAGUAAAAAUAACGACGCAGCCAUGCAAAAGGCAAUGAAAAGCGCAGAAUAUAUAAAAGCUAACAAUGACUGGUUAGAUGCCCAAGCCAACGCUAAAGCAGCCCAGCUUAUAGGGUCAAUAAGGACAAAAAUACAAGCGGAUGAAGACAGUUCAAAUGAAGCUUUAAUGAAUGCUGACUUUAAGAACGCCUUCGAAGCUCUUCAUAGUAAGGUGAAACUAGUGAACGACUUCUCAUCUGGAAAGAAACUGAAGUCUGAAGGUUUCGACAAAGAGUUAAGAGAAGUAGCACAAAAUAUGACGAAAAUAACAGAUGCAGCAACGAGACAGGCAGUUCAAAGUGCCUAUGACGCCGUUAGAGCAACUUUUGUGGAAAGUCAAGAAAAAGAGUUACAACAGACCAAAACAGACCUAGUAAAUGCUUUCUUAAGAACGAAAAGUCAGGUAGGACAUUACGCUGCAGAUGGAACAUAUGUGCCAGCUGGUGGAACAUAUAUACCAGCUGUUGGAAUUUAUAUACCACCAAACCCUCCAAGAGAAGCACCUGCACCAGGACUACCUAAAACAUUUACAUCGUCACAUGGACACAGACACAGGCAUGCACCAAAACCAACACAACAACCAGCACCACAACAACAACCAACACAACAACCAACAGUUCAAAACCCAGCACAGCAACCACCUCCACAACCAGCACAGCAACCAACAGUUCAAAACCCUGCACAACAACCAACAGUUCAAAACCCUGCACAACAACCAACAGUUCAAAACCCUGCACAACAACAACCACAAACAGAGCAAGGACAUAAAAGAAGUAGAGAACAAGGAAACCAAGAAUUCUUAAAAAUGCUUAAGGAAGACUAUGGUUACCCAGAUAGUAUUGACUUUAGUGACAGAUAUAAAGAAGCUAUUAAAAAGUUCAAGGAAGGAAAUACUGACCCGAACCUAUUUAGCUUUAUGGCUCAGCACCAAAUCAGAUAUAAUCUCAAACCUGGAAAAUACAAGCUCGCUAAGGGAUAUGAUUUAAUAGCAUAUCAUCCAAAUGACAUGGAUGAAUUUACUCCGAGAUAUUUGAUGUCAGAGAUAAAUGAUGAUUCAACUAUCUUCAUGAAACGCGUAAAAAAUAGAGAAGGAACGAAAGAACAAAGGCUUAUGAAUGCGGAUGACUUAAAUAGGGAACUUGUUAAAAACGGUCUCGGAAUAUAUGAAAUGCCAGCAGAUGAGGUACAAGAAACUCCACAGGAAGAAGUUCAGAUACAACCAGACAUGGAAGAAAUAGUUCAGCAACAACAGCUAGAAGAGCCUGAAGGAAACGAACAAGUCCCUCCUUUGGAAACUAACUUCACAGAACUAGAUGAAGAUUUGGAACAGCCGAAAAAUCUUGACCCUCAACAAGAGUAUGAGGUGAAUAUGGAAUCUUUCCAAGAGUCUAAAAAAAAUUCGGCUGACAUAGUAGAAGAAUAUCGAAAAAUGUUUGCCGACAUACAAAAGACU